CGCCGACGCGCUCACCUUCGAGCUGUUCUGGAGGCCGGAGCAGGACCAGUUCUCCCAGGCUGCCAAGAUCGCAGAGCUGGAGAAGCGCCUGGCGCAGCUGGAGGCCAUGGUGCGCUGUGAGCCCGACAGCCAGAACCCUCUGCUGGUUGGGCUGAAGGGCACCAGCCUCGUGGAGACCGUGCAGAUCCUGCAGGCCAAGGUGAACAUCCUGGAUGCAGCUGUGCUGGACCAAGUGGAGGCCCGGCUGCAGAGCGUCCUGGGGAAGGUGAAUGAAAUCGCCAAGCACAAAGCGAUCGUGCAGGACGCCGACACACAGAGCAAGAUCCACCAGGUCUAUGAGAUGAUGCAGCGCUGGGACCACAUGGCCAGCAGUCUGCCCGACGUGGUGCAGCGGCUGCUGACCCUCCGGGACCUACAUGAGCAGGCCUCGCGGUUCGUGCAGGUGCUGGUGCACCUGGACACCACGCAGCAGGAGGUGGCUGCCGCUCUGAAGGACAACACUGUGCUGCUGGCAGAGGUGGGUCCUAGUGGGGG